GGUGGAGGCGGGGCCGCCGGCCCGGGCGCUGCGUGCCGCGGCGCCUGUGCGGGCCCUCGGGGCUGCGCGAGCAGGUCUAGGACGCUGAUCGGUGCGUCUCCGCCGCACCCGGGGGCCGUGACGGAGAUGCCUACAUAGAAGAGUGACAGCAGCUGGGCUGAAUGUUUCACUGCUGAACUGGUUCCUCAGGUAUCCUGGCUCUGGCGAUUGCUAUGGGAGAUUGGAUGACUGUUACAGAUCCAGGUCUGUCUUCAGAAAGCAAAUAUAUCUCUCAAUAUACCUCAGAAACAAAGAUGUCUCCAUCAAGUUUAUACUCACAGCAAGUGCUAUGCUCUUCAAUACCUUUAUCAAAAAAUGUGCACAGUUUUUUUAGUGCCUUCUGCACAGAAGAGAAUAUUGAACAAAGUAUUUCAUAUCUUGAUCAGGAAUUGACUACUUUCGGUUUUCCUUCAUUAUAUGAAGAAUCCAAAGGUAAAGAGACAAAGAGAGAAUUAAAUAUAGUUGCUGUUUUAAAUUGUAUGAAUGAGCUACUUGUACUUCAGCGGAAGAACCUUCUAGCUCAGGAAAAUGUGGAAACACAGAAUCUGAAACUGGGAAGCGAUAUGGACCAUCUGCAGAACUGCUAUGCAAAACUUAAGGAGCAGCUGGAAACCUCCAGGAGAGAAAUGAUUGGUCUUCAGGAAAGAGACAGACAGUUACAAUGCAAGAACAGGAAUUUGCAUCAGCUACUGAAAAAUGAGAAAGAUGAGGUGCAGAAAUUACAAAACAUUAUUGCAAGUCGAGCUACUCAAUAUAAUCAUGAUAUGAAGAGAAAAGAGCGUGAAUAUAAUAAACUAAAGGAACGUCUACAUCAACUUGUUAUGAACAAGAAGGAUAAAAAAAUAGCUAUGGAAGUUUUAAAUUACGUGGGGAGAGCUGAUGGAAAAAGAGGCUCCUGGAGGACGGGUAAAACUGAAGCCAGUUUCUUUCUCAGGAACGAAGAUGAAAUGUAUAAAAUUCUCUUGAAUGAUUAUGAAUAUCGUCAGAAACAAAUCCUAAUGGAAAAUGCUGAACUUAAGAAGGUUCUUCAGCAAAUGAAAAAGGAAAUGAUUUCUCUUCUUUCUCCCCAAAAGCAGAAACCUAGAGAAAGAGCAGAUGAUAGUACAGGAACUGUUAUCUCUGAUAUUGAAGAAGAUGCUGGGGAACUGAGUAGAGAGAGUACGUGGGACCUUUCCUGUGAAACUGUGAGAGAGCAGCUUACCAACAGCAUCAGAAAACAGUGGAGAAUUUUGAAAAGUCACGUAGAAAAACUUGAUAACCAAGUUUCAAAGGUACACCUAGAAGGUUUUAAUGAUGAAGAUGUAAUCUCACGUCAAGACCAUGAACAAGAAACUGAAAAACUUGAGUUAGAAAUUCAACAGUGUAAAGAAAUGAUUAAAACUCAGCAGCAACUUUUACAGCAGCAGCUCGCUACUGCGUGUGAUGAUGACACCACUUCACUGCUCCGAGACUGUUACUUGUUGGAAGAAAAGGAACGCCUCAAAGAAGAAUGGUCCCUAUUUAAGGAGCAAAAGAAGAAUUUCGAGAAAGAAAGACGAAGCUUUACAGAAGCAGCUAUUCGCCUAGGAUUGGAGAGAAAGGCAUUUGAAGAAGAAAGAGCCAGUUGGUUAAAGCAACAGUUUCUAAAUAUGACUACCUUUGACCACCAGAACUCAGAAAAUGUGAAACUUUUCAGUGCCUUCUCAGGAAGUUCUGAUCGGGACAACCCUACAGUACACUCGAGGCCACGGCAAAAGAAGCCUCACGGUGCGCCUAGUGGGUCUCCAGUUUGCACGUCUAAACUUACUAAAUCUCUUCCUGCUUCUCCUUCGACUUCAGACUUUUGCCAGACGCGUUCCUGUGUAUCUGAAUAUAGCAGUUCUAUCAGUGUACUAAAUACAACCCCUGAAGAAUCUAAGCCAAAUCAGGUUGGAAGAGAAUGUACAAAUCAGAAGUGGAGCAUGGCAUCAAGGCCUGAUUCACAGGAAGGUUGCUGUAGUGGAUGCUCCUCGACCCACGCAGACGCCCACAUAGAGAAGGAUGACUUACCUUAGACAUGUGAACUGGGAUUUUUUUUUUUUCAUUAACAUGUUCAUCAAAUUUCACAUCUGAGUUGAAACAGGGUGUGUUAUAAAGUCAAUCAUCUCUAAUAAUUUAAA